AUGAUCAAAUCAACUUUGAUCUUUAGAGAUGAUGGACUCCCAUUGUGCUCGUCUGUUGACGACGACACAGAUCCUUCUUUGACCGAGCAAAAGAAGAAAAUAAAAGUGCUUUUAUCAAGAUUCACACCCAACUCUGCCAAUGAAGCAACCUUGGAGAGCGGCAACUUCGAAAUCCACUACAUUCGCGUCAACAUGGUUGCAUACUUUGUCAUUGCCGAGAAGGGAUAUCCUCGAAACCUCGCAUUUUCGUAUUUGAAGGACGUUGCGCAGGAAUUUGAACACUCCUAUGGUAACGAGUAUACCAAGCCAACCGUACGUCCAUAUGCAUUUGUCACGUUUGACAAUUUUUUGCAAAAGACGAAGAAGUUAUACAGUGACAAAAGAGUUCAGGACAACAUGGAUCAAUUGAACCAGGACUUAAUGGGCGUGAAGCAAAUUAUGACCAAGAACAUUGAGGAUUUACUAUACAGAGGCGACUCGCUGGAUAAAAUGAGUGAUCUGAGUGCAUCGCUAAGACAAGACUCUAAGAAAUACAGAAGAACUGCCCAAAAAAUAAACUUCGACCUCCUCAUUAGUCAGUAUGCCCCAAUAGUUUUGUUGGCGUUGUUCUUUGUAUUCUUGAUAUGGUGGGUAUUCCUGAGAUGA